AGUUCAGACCUAGAUCUUUCCAGUUAAUCACACAACAAACUUAGCUCAUCGCAAUAAAAGCAGCUCAGAACCGGCCGGCUUGCAACAGGAUUCUUUCAGCCCCGGCAUCUCCUGCAGAGGGAUCAGCUCGAACUGCAAGCAUGUUCUGGGGGGCCAAACUUCUGCCGGUCCUGUUGCUGCAGCAUGCCCUACUGCACCUUCUCCUGCUUCCUGUCGCCAUCCCCUAUGCAGAAGGACAGAAGAAAAGAAGAAAUACACUUCAUGAAUUCAAAAAGUCAGCAAAAACAACUCUUACCAAGGAAGACCCAUUACUGAAGAUUAAAACCAAAAGAGUGAACUCUGCAGAUGAGUGUGCCAACAGGUGCAUCAGGAACAGGGGCUUUGCAUUCACUUGCAAGGCCUUUGUUUUUGAUAAGUCAAGAAAACGAUGCUACUGGUAUCCUUUCAACAGUAUGUCAAGUGGAGUGAAAAAAGGGUUUGGCCAUGAAUUUGACCUCUAUGAAAGAAAAGACUAUAUUAGAAACUGCAUCAUUGGUAAAGGAGGCAGCUAUAAAGGGACAGUAUCCAUCACUAAGAGUGGCAUCAAGUGCCAGCCUUGGAAUUCCAUGAUCCCCCAUGAACACAGCUUUUUGCCUUCGAGCUAUCGCGGUAAAGACCUACAGGAAAACUACUGUCGAAAUCCUCGAGGGGAAGAAGGCGGACCCUGGUGUUUCACAAGCAAUCCAGAGGUACGCUACGAAGUCUGUGACAUUCCUCAGUGUUCAGAAGUUGAAUGCAUGACCUGCAAUGGUGAAAGCUACAGAGGUCCCAUGGAUCACACAGAAUCAGGCAAGACUUGUCAGCGCUGGGAUCAGCAGACACCUCACAGGCACAAAUUCUUGCCAGAAAGAUAUCCCGACAAGGGCUUUGAUGAUAAUUAUUGCCGAAAUCCUGAUGGCAAGCCGAGGCCAUGGUGCUACACUCUUGACCCUGACACCCCUUGGGAGUACUGUGCAAUUAAAAUGUGCGCUCACAGUGCUGUGAAUGAGACUGAUGUCCCUAUGGAAACAACUGAAUGCAUUCAAGGCCAAGGAGAAGGCUACAGGGGAACCAGCAAUACCAUUUGGAAUGGAAUUCCCUGUCAGCGUUGGGAUUCACAGUACCCACACAAGCAUGACAUUACUCCUGAGAACUUCAAAUGCAAGGACCUUAGAGAAAAUUAUUGCCGCAAUCCAGAUGGGGCUGAAUCACCAUGGUGUUUUACCACUGAUCCGAACAUCCGCAUUGGCUACUGCUCUCAAAUUCCCAAGUGUGAUGUGUCAAGUGGACAAGAUUGUUAUCGUGGCAAUGGGAAAAAUUACAUGGGCAACUUAUCAAAAACAAGGUCUGGACUUACAUGCUCCAUGUGGGACAAGAAUAUGGAGGAUUUGCACCGUCAUAUCUUCUGGGAGCCAGAUGCUAGCAAGUUGAAUAAGAAUUACUGCCGGAAUCCUGAUGAUGAUGCCCAUGGACCUUGGUGCUACACGGGGAAUCCUCUUAUUCCUUGGGAUUAUUGCCCCAUUUCCCGUUGUGAAGGAGACACUACACCUACAAUUGUCAAUUUGGACCAUCCUGUGAUAUCCUGUGCCAAAACAAAACAACUGCGGGUUGUAAAUGGCAUUCCAACACAAACAACAGUAGGGUGGAUGGUUAGUUUGAAAUACAGAAAUAAACAUAUCUGUGGAGGAUCAUUGAUAAAGGAAAGUUGGGUUCUUACUGCAAGACAAUGUUUUCCAGCCAGAAACAAAGACUUGAAGGACUAUGAAGCUUGGCUUGGAAUCCAUGAUGUCCAUGAGAGAGGCGAGGAGAAACGCAAACAGAUCUUAAACAUUUCCCAGCUGGUCUAUGGACCUGAAGGCUCAGACUUGGUUUUACUGAAACUUGCUCGGCCUGCAAUCCUGGAUAACUUUGUCAGUACAAUUGAUUUACCUAGUUAUGGCUGUACAAUCCCUGAAAAGACUACUUGCAGUAUUUAUGGCUGGGGCUACACUGGAUUGAUCAACACAGACGGUUUAUUACGAGUAGCUCAUCUGUAUAUUAUGGGGAAUGAGAAAUGCAUUCAGCACCAUCAAGGCAAGGUGACUUUGAAUGAGUCCGAAUUAUGUGCUGGAGCUGAAAAGAUUGGAUCAGGACCAUGUGAGGGAGAUUAUGGUGGUCCACUCAUUUGCGAACAACACAAAAUGAGAAUGGUUCUUGGUGUUAUUGUUCCUGGUCGUGGAUGUGCCAUUCCAAAUCGUCCUGGUAUUUUUGUUCGAGUAGCAUAUUAUGCAAAAUGGAUACACAAAGUAAUUUUGACAUACAAGUUGUAAUCGCCAUAGAAGAGGCCAGUGUGUUUGAAGCAUCCGUGGAUACAGGAGGAUUUCCAAGACUUCAGGAUUAAAAUAUCACCUAAAGCAAUCCUAAAACAACUACUUGAGUGCUGUGAGUGUUCAGAUACUCAUUAAUAUGUAUGGGUGUUUUCUGUUGUAUUGUUUGUCAGUGUCCUUUUAUAAAUGUUGAAGUGAAUUAAGGUACCUGCAAGUGCAGUAACAUAUCUCCUGAAGAUACUUGAAUGGAUUAAAAAAAUACAAAAUUAGAGUUUCUAGAUGCUAAAGUUUUAAAGAAAAAGGUUAAUUAAUCACUCUAUGCUGCUUUCCAGAUUAAUAUCUUAAUGACAAGUAAAUCAUAAGUUAAACAUUAUUUUAACCCCACCAAAACAAUUUAUACAUUGUGCUUUAAAUUGUAACUCUAUAUUGAAUUAUCUUACAUUUCAUAUGUCAUAUAUUAUAGUUCACUCAUUUUUUUUUUACAACAUGUAUCCUCCAAAUACUGGCACACAAACAUCCACAUAGAAAAGCACAUGCCCAUACCCCAUGGCUGAGUUCGCAUGCAGCGAAUAUUAUAGUUUAAACCUGAUGUAUCUAGUAUAAUCUCUAAAUAUUUUGGGUGUAUAUAUCUGUAUUUCUUCUAAAAUUUAAAACUUUUGAAAGAUCAGUGGGAAUAUUCAGGAAAGGUACAAGAUAUAUACGUACAUAUAUGUAUAUGAUAUAUGUAUAUAUGUGUAUGAUGUAUGACUGCCACUGGACAGCGUUCAAUAUGAGGACAGGAUCCAUAGGAUAAAAUGACUAGCCUUGUUCUUUAUUUGUAUUUAUUAUCCUAGUUAUUUUGUGUGCUUUCUAAUUCCUAAAGAGCAAAACGUAAUAUGUAUAUUUGUUUUAUUUCUUUCCUUCAAAUCUGGGCUACUUAUUUAUUCAGGAUAAUGGUAGAUCAAUCUUCUUAACACUUGUCAAAUGUGCAUCUUAAUGAAGAAAUUCAAAAGUGUCUUUAUCUCUAAAAAUGUAUUUAUAUGCGUUAUUUUUAAACCUUGCUGCUGUGAUUGGCUUCUAGCUCAUUCUUCUUAAAUUUUAAAACAUUAACAUAAAAUGGCCAUACUGCAAUGCUUUGUGGAUAUCCCUUCAUUAAAUUUUACUUUGAAAUAUUUUUUCAAUGCAAAUACUUUUCUCAAUUCAAAAUCCUUAGGCUGUGGAUAAUAGGAAAAACAGGAAAUGAAAGGAGGAACUAGUUUUUCUAAAUUAUUUCAUUCAACUACAUUAACAAGGUAUAAUUGCUUUUGAAAAAUCAGGUAUGUUAUAAAGGCAUUAUCAUAUUAUUUCAUUCCUUUUAACGAAGUUCUUUCCAAAUAAUAUGGAAUAUUCAUUUAAAUUUUAUAACCUGAAUGAUAAUAUUCAAAUUAUAUUUAUUAUUAUACUUGCAGUGACUAUCUAGGAGUUGUGUAUAUAUCUAAAAGUAACAUAUUAAAAUGCAACAAGAUAGUUUCUAUAUUCUCACUAUAUUCAUGUAUGAAUUAGGAAAAUUGAAAAUUACUGUUUCAGUGUUUUAAAUGUGAAGGUUCGCAUUUUCCAGAUUGGAUUAUCUUAAAUUCUUUACCCACCAAAGAUCCAAAUAAUACCCCAAUACAUUCUCCUGUGUGCAUUCUCCAUAUAUGCACAUAUGUUUGUGAUCACAUAGGUACUGUGUUGAGAAACAGCAUGUGCAGAGAGACCCCGUGAAUUGCUGGUCCAUAUCAUUUUAUGGUCACUUAACUUUUCUUUCCAUUUUAUAAUCCACUAUUUUUAUGAACCAGAAAUUUAAAGUUAUACUAUUAAAAUGUUAAAGUACUUUCAUAGCAUCUUACUGGAUUGUCACAAGUUUAGUGCUACAUGUAAAUUAUACUGAUAAAGCUAUUAUGACAGUUGUAAUGCUUUAACAUACUGACAUUUUACAAUACUUCUUUCAGUGUAUUUUUGUAAGAAUCCAUGAAAAGAGAAACAACAAUUAUUAGAAACAAUUUGAAAUCAAGUUUUUAGAUAAUUUGAAAUCAAUGUUUAUCAUUUUUUAAGAGGUAAACAAAUAACAAAAAAAAAUCCCCAAAUGUGGUACAAUAAGCAACUCUCUCGAUGAGGUUCCCUAGGGCAAAGAAGAUGGCUUUGAUGCUGAAGGAGGACCCUGUCUCACUUGGUAGGAGAGGGUAUAUUUAUCUUGUCAACAACACUAUGUACAGGAUGGUUUUCUAUGAAUAAAGUUCAAAGGAAAAUAGAGGAAAUUUUCAACUUAUCUAGAAAUCUAUAUUAUAUUGUGUCAAAGACAAUAGGAGCUUUCAAGGCUGGUUUUGUUUUGACCAAGUAACAGUUAGUUACACACUGUUAUAAUUGUAGACAUUUUCUUAUGUCUGCAGGAAUAAAAAUGUAAAACUAAAAUGUUAGUCAUAUGCCUCUGCUGUGCAGAGGGAUGAUAAUUCUUUUGUAUAUUCUUUAAUGUUAUUGUAAAAUAUAAAGUAACUUUUACCUAUUUGCUGUGGGCAGGUCCUCAGUGCAAUGGUUUAUAGCAAGUCAGUCUCUGGCAUUAACAGGCUCUUGCUUGCUCUCUAAGUGUUUCAAGCGACAUGAAUAUGAAACACUGGAAGGCAAGAAAAAUAACCAUAAUAGCAUUGUGUUAGCAAAACUGUAUUUCACUUAUUCCUGUGGAUAUUUCUUGCUAGUACCAAUGGUACUGUAAAAAGUGAAUGUUCCAGCCUUAACAUUCCCUGGAAGGCGCGCUGUCAAGAACUUGGAGUCCUGUCAGGCAUGUUCCUGUUUCUAAGUAUUUUUCUUUUUUAGAAAAUAAAUGGCAGCUUUGUAACAGAGGAGAUGAAGUAGAAAAUGUCAGUACUAUCUCAUGCUCAGUAAACGUAAACUUUACAUUGAUUUAUUGAAGUAAAAAAAAUAACUACUUCCACUCACUGUGUGCAUACAACCACACAUUUGCAUUUAUAGAAAACUCACAAAAUUCAAAGGAUUUGGGUAAAUACAACACAUUUGCCUCUUUGUAAGUUAUUUGCAAUGAAUUGUUCUUCAUAAUUAAGUACAAGAAAAAAUGUAUCUUUCAAAAUUCAACUUAAGUUUGGACCAAGAAUGUAUUAAAUAAGAACAAAUGAACUAACCAACCAAACAAAAAUGUUAAACUAUCCUGGCUCCUUGCCUCUUGACAGUGCUGCUCUUACAUAGGCUCAUUCCUGUUUGCACAGAAGGCUUCUGUCUUCUGGAAGCUGAAAACCGAAUACUGUGGAUGUGGCGACUUGUCAGCCUGUGUACUUAGGACAAUGAUAAGCUGCCAGUUGAGUGGGAUAGCAGGAUGCUUACCCCCAAAAGGGAACACUGUGGUGAUGACUUGUAUUAUACAUUCUCUGUAGUUAAUAAAGUUGUUAUUUUUAUAACCAUGAUUAUAUUAUUAUUCUUAAUAAUAAUAAAAUAUUUUACCAAAAUGUCUCCUUUUUCAUUUAUAAUUAUAUGUGUAGACGAAUUUGUAACUGUCCUAGGAUUUUAAAUUGACAAGCAGCAGCAACUUGGAUUUGUUGACAGAAAUGCCAUGCAUUUUGUUAUAAGAAAUAUAAAAUGUCUAUAUAAAUCUACAUAACAAUUAUAUUUUCUUCAGACUUCUUUCCAUGGGAUGGUCAGUGGUCGUCAGAAAAUCAUUAAUAUCUCUGGCUUUGGAAAUCUCAAGUGAAAAUUGGAUUAUAUUGUGUCAUUGUUUAGAUUUGCUAGGAAGCUACUUUGCUAUAUUUUGCAACUAUUUACAAAAUAUUAUAAAUAUCACCGACUUUCUCAUAUAACCAUAAAU